GUCCAGACUUUGUUCCCGUCGCGAGCGAUUCACUGAUUCAUGUUUGGACGUCUCAGCCAGGUUGCUAGACACUUGUCUCGUCCGUUACCCAACCUUGCGCAUAGGCCCGCGGCGGCUUCAUCCGGGUCAUCGAUAGCGUCAUCAGCCAUGGCGUCGACACAGCAAACGAGUCUGAUUCACACGGCGGCUUGCUUGAUUAUAGGGGACGAGGUGCUGGGAGGAAAGACGGUCGACACGAACUCGGCAUACUUUGCCAAGUUUUGCUUCUCACUGGGCAUCAACCUGCGCAGGAUAGAGGUGAUUGCGGAUGACGAGGGGGAGAUUGUCGAGGCAGUGCGACGCAUGUCGACAAACUACGACAUGGUUGUGACGAGUGGCGGGAUUGGGCCUACUCACGACGACAUUACGUACCAGUCGAUAGCAAAGGCGUUUGGGCUGCCGUUGAAGCUGCACGAGGCAGCGUAUGAGCGGAUGAAGCGCCUGUCGAAGCCGCACAAGUCGCAGCCCGACUUUGACUGGAGCGUCGACUCGGCGGCGCUUCGAGCCAAGAAGCGCAUGGUGGAGCUGCCUAUUGACGAGUCGAUUGCGGACGAGUCGCAGGUGGUGUUUAUCAGCGAUUCGCUGUGGGUGCCGGUUAGCGUGGUGAAUGGCAACGUGCACAUCCUGCCCGGGGUGCCGCGGCUGUUUGAGGCGCUGCUAGACGGACUCAAGCCCCGCAUCCUACCACGGUUGACUGAUGCCGAGGGCAAGGGGGUGUUGCGCAUUCUCAUCUCGACGCCCAUGGCCGAAAGCGCCGUUGCCGGCUAUCUGACCGAGCUGGCGGCGAGGACGGAGCCCAAGGGCGUAAAGAUUGGCAGCUAUCCAAGAUGGGGCAAGGACCGCAACACGGUGACGCUGGUUGGCCGCGAUCGCGACUUUAUGGAGAGCCUGGUGCCCGAGGUGGAAAAGGCAGUGCAGGGCAGGCGCGUAACGGUCGAGGGCGAGGAUGACGGCGAGACGUCUGACAAGGAUUCGUAGCCAAGGGCACGUGUUGUCGCAUGGGAGGCACAUGGCCAGCGUGGGUACAUGGGUGUAGUACAAGUAUAGGUACGUACGUAUGUUUGUAUGUAUGUAUGUAUGUAUGUAUGUAUGUAUGUAUGUAUGUAUGUAUGUAUGUAUGUAUAUGGUAGAUGGGACAUGUCGAGGAGGUACAUGGCCAUUACAGUUUUAUACAUGUACAUGGAUAGGUAUGAAAGCAGGCCAGGCGGGCGAUGCAGGGACCUCUCUGGUGGAUAUAUUCAAGUCUGA